UCACCAACUAUCAUCAUGCACGAUCCCAGCGAUUAUGAUUCCGUUUGCAGUGACGAGGAUUUUUUAUAUGUUGUUCAGGGCGCCUCAACUCCGCCUUUAAUGAACUACGACGAGUUUAUGGUUAAAACUAUGGAUGAACGACAGCACAUACAGAAGAAAACUUUUACGAAAUGGAUCAAUUCACAUCUAAGCAAUACCCAGUGCUCGCCAGUGAACGAUUUGUUCUUGGACCUUCGAGAUGGCCAUCGUCUGUUGGCCCUGCUCAGCACACUGACACAAACACAGCUGAAACCCGAAAAGGGUCGCAUGCGAGUGCAUCACAUCAACAAUCUGAACAAGGUGCUGCACGUGAUUCAACAGCAUGGCGUCCGAUUGGUCAACAUCUCCAGUGAUGACAUUGUCGGCGGCAAUGCCAAGCUCACCCUGGGCCUCAUCUGGCUAAUUGCGCUCGAGUUCAAUGGCCAGCAUCUAGUCAAAAGCCAUUCCAGCAAUGGCGUUGAGAAAUCCCUGCUAGCCUGGGCGCGUCAAUAUACCGAACCCCAUGGCUUGCCACUCAACGAUUUCGCCAGCUCGUGGGCCGAUGGUCGCGCUUUUCUGAUGAUAUUGGCUGCGCAUCUGGAUGAGCUUGAUCUGGAGACGGCUUUGGGGCAGCAUGCCUUGCAGCGUCUACAUUUGGCCUUUGAUUUGGCUCAUCGGCAUUUCAAGAUCGAGAAGCUGCUCGAUGCGGAGGAUGUGCACACACACAAGCCGGACAACAAGUCGAUACAGAUGUAUGUGAUGUGUCUGUUCCAUGCCAUGGAAUCGAUGCGAGCAAGCGAAAGGGAACGCGUACCCUGUACCAGUAUUACGGAUCUCGAUGAGGUGCCGCUGGAUACCGAGCGGGAGCUCUACACCUCGGACAGUGCGACGAGCAUGGAGCUGAAGGCGAGUGCAGUGCGUCCAUUGAGCACAGCCACAAAUGCCAGUGUGGAGAUUAGCAGCUAUCAGACGGCUCUGGAGGCGGUGCUAACGCUGCUGCUGGAGGAUGAGCAGUUGCUGUCGCAGGAGCUGCCCGAUCCCGAGGACUUUCAGACCGCCAAGCUGCAGUUUCACGACAACGAAAACUUUAUGCUGAAGUUAACUGAACAUCAGGAGUUUGUGGGCGAAGCGCUCGAGGAGGGCAGCAAUCUGAUCAAUGAGUCGCAGAAGAAAGACGGUUCGGGACUCUCACAGGAGGAUCAGAAUGAGGUGCGUCAACAGAUGGUGCUGCUGAAUGAACGCUGGGAGACGCUGCGUUUGCGUGCUUUGGAUAUGCAGGCGAAGAUCCUCAUGCGUCUGGCUGAGUUCCAGAAACAGAAACUGGAGCAAUUGCGUCAGUUUCUCACUAAUGUCGAGGAUCGCAUCUCGCAUAUGAGCGACAUUGGACCCACUCUCAGCGAGGCGGAGCAGCAGCUAGCCGAAGCCCGACAACUGAAGUCCGAUCUCAGCGAGCAACAGGAGUUGGUGGACAGCAUUAGCAGCAUGGUGGUCAUAGUCAACGAUACCUCGGGUAAUUUCAAUGAUCUCGAGGAUCGUUUGAGUGCGUUGGGCGAGCGUUGGUCGCAUGUGGUCAAGUGGAUUGAUUUGCGCACCGAAAAGUUGCAGCAAUACAAAUGCAUCUCACGCUGGUUGGAUGCUCGAGAGCAGGAUCUGAAGCGCAUGGAGACGCGGGAUGUGACCGAUGUGGGCGGCAUUACACAGCGCAUCAAUGAGCUGAACUAUUGUGCCAAGGAUCUGCUCGAGUUGCAGCGUUAUCUCAUUGAUCUGCGGCAAAUGGUAGCUGCCACCUUACAGGAUGGCGACGACAAAGGUGAACGUGUGCUGAUGCAGCUGGAGAGCUACGAGGAUCGUCUAGAUGCUCUCAAGCAAAUUCUUGAGGUACAAACGCUGCGCAUUGAGACAAAGGGUUUCAAUUUUGGACGCGAUCGUGCCAGCUACGAUGACAGUCGUGUGGUGCGUCCCGAAGGUUGGGUGGAUUAUCAGAUGAUUAUCCGAUUCGGUGAUGAAGAGGAGGAGGGAGAACAACAGCAACCACAGCAGGAGCAGCAGCAGGAUCAACUAGCAAGCAAGAAGCGUAAAUUGCGCAAUGGUGAUAACUUCUUUGCGCUUGAGACGCAGAUCAUGGAGCACUUUAGUCAUGUGCAGGAUGUGGAACAGCAACUGCAGCAGCUGCAGCGUCAAAGUCUGCGCAAUCAGUGCGAGCUGCUCAAGGAAUUGCAGUCAGAGACUCAACGUCGUGCCAACACUUUACCCGAACUCAAGAAACUCUACGAAGUGUGUGAGCAAGAGGAACCAGCUCGCAAGUUGCUCUUAGAAGCAGCCCACAUCAAGCAGCUGGAGCAACGCUAUGCGGCAUUGAAUCAGCGCCUGACCAACCAGCAGAACGAGAGCAGCACGCUGCUGGCCAAGGAGCGUUACUACAACAGCCUGACAGGCUUCAAGCUCGUCUUGGCCGACUCUCGGGAUUGGUAUAAACAACAUGCGAGCUCAGCCAGCUGCCAAUCGUUAGAGCAGCGACUUAGCCACAUGGAAUCACUGUCCACGGAGAUUGCCGAGGCACGCGAAGCAACCGAAGCACUCGAUGACCAGCUGAUCGAAUGGAAGCGGGACUUUGGCAUCUUCUACGACAGUUGGCACGACAUGAAGCAAGCGUUGCAGACGCUUAUCCAACAGCGUGGAGGCGAGAAUCUUGUCCAACAGGUGCAACAACUGGAACAGUUUGUCGCGAAAGUUGCGGGGCAAAAAGUGCGUGUCUCACAUCUGGAGGCAAUGCAGCAACAGCAGCAGCUGCUCAAUCAACUCGUCGAUGAACUGGAGUCCCUAAAACCCAUCUAUGAACGUGUGCCUGCUCAGCUCUUGACCGCUGAGUUGCAAGCUGCCUGGCAACGAUUGCCGGAGCAGCUGAGCGAACGCGUCAUCAAGCAGACGACGGCGAUUGAGAACCUCAAUCAUUUCGUAGCCGAAUACAAUUCGAUUAUAGCGGUGCUCAGCAGUGCUCCAGAAGUGGUGCAAGCGCAGGAUUUGCGUAAGCUGGAGAUUGAUGUGAUUAGUGCGCGUAACUUCAGCGAGAUACUCAUCAAGGAGUCGGAGGAAGUGCAGCGUGAGACGCUGCAGUCGCAGAUAAGUGCGCUGAAUGCGCUCUACCAGCAGGUGGAGCAACUGCAUCAGGCCCAGCGUCAACAGCAGUCGGCGCUGCAGUCGCAAAUCGAGGUGAUUCAACAGCGACUGCAGCAAACGGAACAUUGGCUCAGUGAACUGGAGGCAAACACGCCAAAAACUGGCGUCGCUGACAUUGGCAAUUCCAAUGAGCUGUUCCAGAGCAAAUGCAAAUUUCAGACGCUCAAGGAAACCUGCGAAAGGGAGGCCACGCAAUUUCGGGAGCUCAACGAGCUGGGCGGUGAGUUGCUGCUGCAAAUGGAUGAGCUGCAACACAAGGACAGCGAACAAGAGACGGACAAGGAGAAGGAGAAGGAUGGCACGUUAGCCAAACAGUUUACACGCCUCAAUGCUCGCUGGUCUGAGGUCACGGAACGUGUGUAUGCCAAGACUGCGCUGUUGGAGCACAUCUCCACGCAGCUGGGUGAGUUUAAGAAGUUCAUGGUCAGCGAAACUGGCUAUUUGGAUCGCCUCGAGAACAAGAUACGCAACACACCCGAAAACGCUGCUGAUGCCGAGGAAAUUAUGGAAGAGCUUGACGAUCUGGAAAACGUGCUGCGCGCUCACUCCGAAGAGUGGUUGGACAAGAUUCAGGAAAUUGGCAACGAGCUAAUUGAUAAUGAAUUCAUGGCCGAUGUUAUACGCAAGGACAUCGAUGGCAUUGUAGUGCGCUGGACACAGCUGCAACAGCAGGCCAAGAAGCGCACCGAACUGCUCGAGGAGAAGGUCAGCGAGGCGGAGCAAUCGGAGCGGGCGGUGGUCCAACUGGAGGCGUGGCUAACGCGCAUGGACGACAUACUCAGCGAGCAUCUGGAAAACGAUGUGACCAUUGAGGAUCUGCCCGACGAUUUUCAGAUUUUGGCCCGCGAAUUUGCUAUUAACGAGCGCAACUUUAAAGACAUAACUGAAUUGAUUGCAGAGCACACCCGCAAGGGGAAAACAGGAGCUGCCAAUCGGUUGCAGGAGCAACUCAAUUUGAUGGAGAUGCGCUUCAAGGCCUGUCAGGCGAAACUGAACAAAUGCACUGCUCCGCAGCCCGCCUACGAGUCGCGUUUAAAUCGUGCCUACGGCGAUCUACGCAACGUGGAGCACUCCACUUUAGUGCUGGAUGUGGCCUCAGCUGGUCCCAGCACCGUGCAGGCGCAGUAUCAAAAAUGUUUGCAAAUUUAUCGCACACUCUCUGAAAUCAAGGCGGAAAUCGAGAGCACUAUAAAGACCGGACGUCGAGUGUGCGAGGAUAAAUACACCAAGUCACCGAAGCAGCUGAGUCAACGCAUCGAUGCACUGAAGCAUCUGUACAAUGCGCUCGGCGAGAAUGUUACACAGUCGAAGGCUUUUCUAGAGGGUCUUCUUAAACUGGCCAGACAACUUGAGCAAUGCUUUGAGUCUGCAGAUGAGCUAAUACGCCGCUUCGAGUCGCCACAGGAGUUGCACGAUCGCAACUCCAUAUUGCUGGAGUUUGAGGAUGUUUUGCAGCGUUGCGAGGAUCACUACAAUGAGUACAGCAAAUCCUGUGAUCAGAGCUGCAUGCAGGAGACGCGUCAACGCAUCGAUGGUCUGAAGGCGACCUAUCAUAAGUUGACAAGUGCUGAUAUCAUCAAACGUUUGACUGAGAUGAAGGCAACUCUGCAGAACUUGGAUAACAUAUCACUGGAUACGCUAAAAGCCAUGGAACAUGAUCUGAAGGAGAUAAAUGUGCCCUCGAAUCCGGAAAUUGAAAAGUUGCAGCAACAAGUGAUUGCGAUUGUUGUGGAUACAUUAAAAACGCGCCACAAUCAGCCAAGCAUUUUGGCCAAACCCAACGACGACGAUACGGAAAUUGUUGUAGUUAGCGAUACAGUGCGUCAAAGACGUGCGCGCACACCUCAAGCCGGCGAAGCUGCCGGCGCCUCUUCGCCAUCUCCCAAGGCAGCCACCGAAGCGGAGGCAACGGGCGAACAAGUCUUGCCAGAUUUGUUGCCACCACAAACGUUUCGUCUGGCCGAAUCGAGCACUCUCUUCUCCCAGAUCUCGUUGAAUCCUGCUAAAAUGGUUGCCGAAUCGGUGGCACCGCCAAAGCCAUCGAAGAAUAAACGCAAGGCGCCAGCAGCACCUGCGCAAGUGGUUGAGAUCAAGGUGAAGAACAUACAGAAUGAUAAGAUGUCUGUGCAGAACAUCGCUCUCGAACCUCAGCAAGGCGAAAUCGUGGACACCGUGAACAUCUUGGAGAGCGUGGAGCCGCUGUUACCCGAGUAUGUGCAGACUGUGCAGAUUGUGGAUCUGUCUGAGGACUCGGACUCCUCGCUGCGCGUAGAUGCCGAAGGCAAAGAGGUGCGACGCAGCAAGAGCAAACGCUCCUUAUGCGAAUCACCAAAGCUGAAGACAGCUGAGAUGGAGGAGGAUAAAGAAGAUGAAACGGAGCUGCUGCGUCCUGGAGCAGGCAAUACAAGCACUCCGUUUUUGCGUGUGGAAAAGCAGCGCAUUUCCUUUGAUGAGAAACGCAAACGCAUAGCUCAUGAGCGUGAUAUUCUGCGUGAUUCCGAAGAGGAAACCGAACAGCAGCCAACAACUGAGGCAACUACAACACCAACAACAACAGCAACAACAACCGCAACUGAAGAGCGUCCCAAGGCGAAACGCUGGCGUCAGUUGCAACCAGAAUUGGAGGCGCUGACGCCGGACACAGAACCCGAAUCGCCCAUUCGCAAUAGUUUCUAUAGUCCCGAUAAGGAGACAGGUUACGAUAUCGAACCCUUGGUAUUCUCUGAUGAUGAGGAGAUACCACGAUUCUCGAUGGAAAUGACACCAACGUUUGACUCCGAUAGUGAUACGAGUCGCAUUGAGACGCCCUCGACGAAGAAGCCAAAUUCUUUUUUGAGCAAGGUGCUCAGCUCGAUGCCCUCGACACCUCUUGAUGACUCCAAUGAGACGCUGAAGAGCCCCCCUUGUGGAGAAGCUGGUGCUCCAACUGGCUUGGAACAACGUGUGCAGGACUUUAAUAAGUUGGCCGAACAAAUGAUCUACAAACUGGAAUUGACCAAGGUCAAGAUCGAACAGUGUCACGAAAGCGAAGCCGAGGAUUUGCGACUUCUAAUUGCGCCUGAUGCUGCCACAUUGAUCUCCAGGGGCGACUCCUUGGUGCUUGAGACCCAUGGCAAACAAGGCGGCAUUUCUCGCCUGGUCAUGCUCACCCAGAUUAUAUUGCGUGAAAAGUUCCGCGAGGUGCAACAGGCCAAAUGCAAAAUCACUGGCUCGGCAGCUCCACGUCCAAUGCCGGAGAGUGUUAACAUUGAGGAGCUGGUCACGAAGGGAUUGCGACGCAUUAACGUGCUCAUUGAGAAGCCCGUUGACCUUAAGUCCAGCACUGAGCUAGAGAAACGCAUGGAGGAUAUCAAUGAACGCCGAGACGAUUUGCAGGUCAUUGUCGGAGCCAUCGGAAAGAAUCCUCAAAUGCCAAAGGUUACGCCCGUCAUGAUGAGUGAAAUCGAAAAGACUAAAAACAAUUUGAUUGCUCAUGCCGAUUCGAUUGAGCUCUCAUUGACCGAACUGAAAAAUGGCACUAAAAUUGGCAACGGCAACAGCAACAGCAAUGGAUCAGGCGUCGCCACACGACAGGAUUACAACAACGAACCGAGUGGAAGCGGCACUUUGGCCAGCAGCUUUGAUAAGUCAGUGCUGCACAUUUCCGACUGGCUAACUUGGGAACAAAACAUGAUCAAGAUACAGAGUGUGCUCGUCGACGAUGUGGAUGCCGUUCGCUUGGCCAUCGAGAAACAGGAGAAAGUUUUGCGUGAAUUGAAAAUGAAAAAGCCGCAACUCAAUGAACUGGUCCACACGGCGGAAGUGCUUAAAGGUGACAUCAAGCGGCAGCAGCUACAGGAGAAAGAAUUAAAACAGUUCUCAUUAGCUCCGCACUGUUCAGCUGAUUUAGACUAUUUACGUUGCUUUCUCAAAGUUACCCGACUGAGGGAGCAUUGGGAUGAGACGUCGCAGUGUGUGUUGCAACGUGCGGCACAGUUGAAGAGCAUGCUGAGCGAUUCACAGCGCUUUGAGGCGAAGCGUCUCGAGCUAGAGAAGUGGUUGGCACGCAUGGAACAGCGUGCUGAGCGAAUGGGCACAAUUGCCACCACAGCUGAUAUAUUGGAGGCACAGCAGAAGGAGCAGAAGUCCUUCCACGCCGAGCUGCAUCAGAAUAAGCAGCACUUUGAGCUCUUCAGCGAUUUGACACAGAAUCUAAUUGCAGUCUAUCCCAACGAUGAUACUUCCAGAAUUAAAAAGAUGACGGAAGCCAUUAAUCAACGCUACUCGAACUUGAACAAUGGCGUCAUCAAUCGUGGCAAACAACUUCAUGCAGCCGUGCACAGUCUGCAAUCAUUUGAUCGCUCCAUGGAUCAGUUCCUGGCUUUUCUCUCGGAAACGGAGACACUUUGUGAAAAUGCUGAAUCGGACAUUGAACGUAAUCCACUCAUGUUCAAGGAUCUACAAUCGGAAAUUGAAACCCAUCGCGUUGUUUACGAUCGUCUCGAUGGCACCGGCCGCAAACUUUUGGGUUCGCUCACCUCACAAGAGGAUGCGGUUAUGCUGCAGCGUCGCUUGGAUGAAAUGAAUCAACGUUGGAAUAAUUUAAAAUCGAAAAGUAUUGCAAUCAGAAAUCGCUUGGAAUCAAAUUCGGAGCAUUGGAAUGCGCUGUUGUUGUCACUCCGCGAGCUAACCGAGUGGGUCAUUCGCAAGGAUACAGAGCUAAGCACAUUGGGCUUGGGUCCAGUGCGCGGCGAUGCGGCGAGUUUGCAAAAGCAAUUGGAUGAUCAUAAAGCUUUUCGACGUCAGCUGGAGGAUAAACGCCCAAUUGUUGAGAGCAAUUUAACGAGCGGUCGUCAGUAUAUUGCCAGCGAGGCGCCCGUUUCGGACACCAGCGAUACGGAGGCCGCACACGAUUCCGACUCACGUUACAUGUCCGCCGAGGAGCAGAGCCGUGAGCUGACACGCAGCAUCCGGCGGGAGGUGGGAAAACUUUCGGAGCAAUGGAACAAUCUAAUCGAUAGAUCUGACAAUUGGAAGCAUCGUUUGGAUGAAUACAUGACGAAAAUGCGCCAAUUUCAGAAGGUGUUGGAGGAUUUAAGCUCCCGCGUCGCAUUGGCUGAGCAAACAAAGAAUGCCUGGCAGACGCCCGCAUCGGUGGGCGAGGCAAAUGAGCAGAUGCAACAGCUGCAACGGUUGCGGGACAAGAUGACCACGGCCAGUGCACUACUCGAUGAUUGCAAUGAGCAGCAGUCCUUCUUCACCGCCAAUCAGGUGCUGGUGCCAACGCCCUGUUUGUCCAAGCUCGAGGAUUUGAAUACACGCAUGAAACUGUUGCAAAUUGCAAUGGACGAGCGUCAGAAGGUUUUGUGCCAGGCUGGCGCUAAUCACACGCACGAGAACGGCGACGAUGGACGCAACACAUCGAACAGUGGCACCAUUGGGCCAUUACCUAAUUUGGGGCAGAGCGUUAAGCCGCCCUGGGAGCGUGCCACAACCGCCGCCAAUGUGCCUUACUACAUCGAUCACGAACGCGAGACCACACACUGGGACCAUCCCGAGAUGAUUGAGCUGAUGAAAGGACUGGCCGAUCUUAAUGAAAUACGCUUCUCCGCCUACCGCACGGCUAUGAAGCUGCGCUCGGUACAGAAGAGAUUGGCUCUCGAUCGCAUCUCGAUGGCCACGGCUUGUGAGUCGUUCGAUCGCCAUGGGCUACGUGCGCAGAACGAUAAACUUAUCGAUAUACCGGACAUGACAACGGUGCUGCAUUCGCUCUACGUGACAAUCGAUAAAAUUGAUUUGACGCUAAUGCUCGACCUGGCCAUCAACUGGAUACUGAAUGUCUACGACUCGCAGCGAACUGGCCAAAUUCGUGUGCUCAGCUUUAAGGUGGGACUUGUCCUGCUCUGCCGUGGCCAUCUCGAGGAGAAAUAUCGCUAUCUCUUCCGCCUGGUGGCUGACACCGAAAGGCGAGCGGAUCAGCGACGUCUGGGACUGCUGUUGCAUGAUUGCAUACAGGUGCCUCGGCAAUUAGGUGAAGUGGCUGCCUUUGGUGGCUCCAACAUUGAGCCCUCGGUGCGCUCUUGUCUCGAACAGGCGGGCAUUUCACAGGAGGCCAUCGAUGGCAAUCAGGAAAUUUCAAUUGAACUGCAACACUUCCUCGGCUGGCUGCAGCAUGAGCCACAAAGUCUCGUCUGGCUGCCUGUGCUGCAUCGUCUGGCUGCUGCCGAGGCAGCAAAGCAUCAGGCCAAGUGCAACAUUUGCAAAGAGUAUCCGAUUGUGGGCUUCCGUUAUCGUUGCCUCAAGUGCUUCAAUUUCGACAUGUGCCAAAAGUGUUUCUUCUUCGGCCGCAAUGCCAAGAACCACAAGCUCACCCAUCCCAUGCACGAAUAUUGCACAACGACCACAUCCACCGAAGACGUGCGUGAUUUUACGCGUGCGCUCAAAAAUAAGUUCAAGAGUCGCAAAUACUUUAAGAAGCAUCCACGAGUCGGCUAUCUGCCGGUGCAGAGUGUGCUCGAGGGCGAUGCACUCGAGAGUCCUGCGCCCAGUCCACAGCAUACAACGCAUCAGCUGCAGAACGACAUGCACUCUCGCCUCGAGAUGUAUGCGUCGAGACUGGCGCAGGUUGAAUACGGCGGCACUGGCUCCAAUUCGACGCCCGACAGCGAUGAUGAGCAUCAGCUGAUAGCACAGUAUUGUCAGGCGCUGCCCACGAACAAUGGCAGUGCGCCCAAGUCACCGGUGCAAGUAAUGGCCGCCAUGGAUGCGGAGCAGCGUGAAGAGCUGGAGGCCAUCAUACGUGAUCUCGAGGAGGAGAAUGCCAAUCUGCAGGCCGAGUACCAGCAGCUGUGCAGUAAACAGCAGAGCGGCACUCCCGACGACAGCAAUGGCAUGCAGCAUUCCAGCUCCAGCAUGACGGGUCUCGCCGGCCAAGGCGAGCACGGACAGGACAUGAUGGCCGAGGCGAAGCUUUUGCGCCAGCACAAGGGUCGCCUGGAGGCGCGCAUGCAGAUCCUCGAGGAUCACAAUCGACAGCUGGAGGCGCAACUGCAGCGUCUGCGUCAGCUCCUGGACGAACCCAAUGGAGGCAGCGCCAACAGCAGCGCAUUGAACAGCGCCGCCGGCUCUGCACUGAACUCGAAACCAAACACGCUGCAAACUCGCUCGGUGACCGCCUCACAGUUGAACACCGAUUCUCCAGCCAAAAUGAAUCAGCAGAACGGACAUUAUGAGCACAAUUCAAAGGGUAUUAUGCUGCCAGGUCUGAGCAACGAACUGCAACAGCAUCCACAGUUGGCAAGUCUCGCUGCCAAGCAUAAUCAGCAUCAGUUGAGUGGCGCCUUGAACGCACUGCAUCAACAGCAGCAACAACAGCAGCAGCAGCAACAACAACAACAGCAACAACAUGCACAGCGUGGCAUGCUGUCAAGCAACGGUGGCAUCGACUUGCCGAAUAAUGGGAUGCAAACGUCCGGCUAUUUGGUUGAUGACGGACGUCCGCCACCGCCACCGCAUUCCAGUUUACUGCAGCAGCAUUUGAACAACGACGCCGCUGAUCAUUUGGUGACUGUCAUUACGGAACAGGAAAUCGAGAGUAACAACGAUGACUUGGAUGAGAGCAGCAGCAGCACGACAACAAAUACAACGACGACGACGACCACAAAUACAGAGAAAACCUGUGUGGAACUAAAGAAAUAAGUUUCGAUACUUAAAAAAAGAAAGAUGAAAAAAAGAUAAAUGCAAGGCAAUACUAAAAUGAAAAUAAUAUUAAAGUUGAAGGGGCCGACUUAAGGAUACUUCACUGUACUGGCUGGCGUGCAAGCAAAUUCUAAACAGUAUGCAUAUAUACAACUAAUAUACCUAAACACACAACUUAUACAUAUAUACAAAUAUCGUGGUACAUAUAUUUAUACAUAUGAUUAUUACCAGCAACAAAAUGAUAAGAAUGGAAGCUGAGCAACGUUUUUUAUUAGUUACGAAACGAUAUCAAUAAUAAGUAAAUGAUACAUAUUAAAAGCUGAAAAUAAUGCAGAAAUAUAAAUUUUAGUUAAGAUAUUUACAUAUAUACAUAUAACAUAAACAUCGUAAUUAUGCAUAAUCAAUUGCAAGCACAAGCAAAACUGUUAAAAAAGAAUGCACUUUUUUGUCAAAAAAGAAACAUAAACCACAAUAGAUGUAAUGAAAGAAAAAGCCAUCAUGCUUAUUUCUUGUUGUAUUAAAAACCAAAAAUUCAAUUGGCAUUUAAAUGCUAUUCGAUUUAUGAUUUUAUCCAUUGAACAGUUUUUAAUUUAUUGAUUUUCGAUUAAUGUGUAUUUUGUAUUAUAAUUUAAAUUGUGCUAACUAAAAGUGUGCUGCAAUGUUUUUUAUUAAAAGAAAUUAGUUAUUAUUGAACA